UUUCAGCCUGGCGCUGGAGAACAGGAGGAGGAGGCUGCACUGCGCUGCUGCCGGAUCGGUUCGUUUCGGUUUGGAGCUGGACUUUUGCGCUUUUCCUCCAGUGCGCCUUUUCCUUGCGCGCCCUCGGACAACAUGGUGUCAUCAUCGCCAUCAUCAUGACUAUUUCUAUCGUUUUCAUCAGCAUCAGACACGCACUUUUACUUUGUUGUUCCUCGCAUCAUUGGAUCACAAGGAAAGCUCCUUAAAAUAACAUUUACAAAGCUCUGGCAUCGUUUUCCGCUGAGAUUUUAUUGGUCGUUGUUAUUUUAAGUACGUGAGAAGAUGGAUCUGUCAAAUAUCCUGCUCAGCACUCUGGCUCUGCUCCUUGUCGGAGGGGAUCUCUUCACCAGGGCCAUGCUGAGUGACAUUGGGGACUAUGUAGGUACAGACAUUGAAAUAUCCUGGUUGCCUAAUCUGGACGAGCUCAUGAAAGGCUAUGCCAGAAACUUUCGCCCUGGGAUAGGAGGUCCACCCGUGAACGUGGCCAUGGCGAUCGAAGUGGCCAGCAUCGAUCACAUCUCUGAAGCCAACAUGGAGUACACCAUGACCGUGUUCCUGCGGCAGAGCUGGCACGAUGACCGCCUGUCCUACAACCACACCAACAAGACGCUGGGAUUGGACAGCCGCUUCGUAGACAAGCUUUGGCUGCCCGACACCUUCAUCGUCAACGCCAAAUCGGCUUGGUUCCACGACGUUACUGUGGAGAACAAACUGAUACGCCUGCAGCCCAAUGGCGUCAUUCUAUACAGCAGCCGAAUUACCUCAACAGUGGCAUGUGACAUGGACCUGACAAAGUACCCCAUGGAUGAACAGGAGUGUAUGCUUGACCUGGAAAGCUAUGGUUAUUCCUCAGAGGAUAUUGUGUAUCACUGGUCGGAAAGCCAGAGGCACAUUCAUGGCCUGGACAAACUCGAACUCUCACAAUUCACCAUCACAGACUAUCGGUUUGUCACGGAGAUGUUGAAUUUCAAAUCUGCGGGAAGAUUUCCAAGGCUCAGCCUUCGCUUCGAGCUGAGACGUAACCGAGGAGUGUACAUCAUCCAGUCAUACAUGCCUUCCAUAUUACUGGUUGCCAUGUCAUGGGUGUCCUUUUGGAUCAGCCAAUCAGCAGUCCCUGCUCGUGUAUCCUUAGGUAUCACGACCGUUCUCACCAUGACCACGUUGAUGGUGAGCGCCCGCUCCUCCCUGCCUCGUGCAUCAGCCAUCAAGGCGCUGGACGUCUACUUCUGGAUCUGCUACGUGUUUGUGUUCGCUGCACUAAUCGAGUACGCCUUCGCUCAUUACAAUGCUGACUACAGACUCAAAGAGAAAGCCAAGGUGAAGGCCAACAAGCUCGGUUCUGAGUCCAUCGUGAAGAACGGCAAACAGGCCAUGGUUCUGUUCUCCUUAUCUGUCACCGGUAUGAACCAGGGCGUGGUCAUUUCCAACCGCCACAGCCGAGCACAGCGUUCCAGCAGCGAGAUCCCGGGGGAGGCUGUCUCCGAAGAAUCCGAGUCCAGGAGGAGGUCCAGACAGACGAAAGAUAGCGAGGAAGAAAAGAAGUGUUGUUCCAAGUGCGUUUGCAAGCCCAUUGACGCCGACACCAUCGACAUCUACGCCAGGGCCGUGUUCCCUUUUACCUUCGCCGUGGUCAAUGUGAUCUACUGGGUGGCGUAUACCAUGUGAGAGGGAAGAACAAGAACUUGGAUGCCGAAGGCUGCCAUCCAGGAAGGACUGUAUAUAUAUAUAUAUAUAUAUAUACAAUACUGCUGGAGCUGUGCCACUUCAACGUUGGCACCUGAAACACACUGCAGGAGACACUAAAAUGACUUGAGAGGGAAUGAUGUGUUCCAGCCUGUGAAAAUGGAAGGGAAAUUGUGACCUUCAAAUCUUAACACAAACAGAUGUGUAAUGCAAGUAUGCAAUGUCACAUGGUCCUGGACAGCUUUAAUAAGUGCAUCACCCUGCUCGUGCACCUGCAAUGGUGACCCCCCCCACAUACACAUACAGUAUAUCCAUCAAACGCUUAGACCUGCAAGCCACCAUCUGAAGUGGGCCGCGUGUUAUCGAAACGCCAACCGAGCAAGUACAACAAGAUGAAGUGUUCCUACUACUGCAUGGCUGAUAACUCUCUCACUCUCUUCUUGCGCCAUCACCAUCCUGCCCUUUUGCGGCUUAUCCCCGUUGUCGUCUGCCACCUGUUUCCUUCCCAACUAACGUUUUUGUUUUGGACGCUGUCUAAAGUGUCUUAUCUCAUUUUUCAAGUUCUGCCAAUUUCGCCAUUAAAGGACUUCUUCCACC